UUCCGGCGGCGGUGCUGGCGGCUGCUUCUGUGACUGCGGAGGUGGGCGUGAAGCCCCUUGGUGGUGUUUUGGCGUCGUGGGAUCGGCUUGGUGUGGUGUGCCGCCCAGGCUGGGGUAGACGGUGGGGAGUGACUACACGUCUGGAAUAUGGCUAUGGAUUGGCUAGGCAGUAUUGUGUCAAUCAACUGUGGCGAAAGCUUGGGUGUCUAUCAAGGAAGAGUAUCAGCAGUGGAUCAGGUCAGCCAGACCAUUUCUCUUACUCGACCCUUCCACAAUGGAGUGAAGUGUCUUGUACCAGAAGUCACCUUUCGGGCAGGUGAUAUUAUAGAAUUGAAAAUUCUGGAGAUUCCAGAUCCUGGAGACAAGCAGCAGUUUGGAGACCUUCAUCAGACAGAAUUAGGCCCUUCUGGUGUUGGGCACCAAGUGGGUAUCAAUCAGAAUGGUACAGGCAAGGUGGUCAAGAAGCCAACCUCUUCCAGUAGUACCCCUCAGAACAUCCCUAAGAGGACAGAUGUGAAGAGCCAGGAUGUUGCCGUUUCCCCUCAGCAGCAGCAGUGUUCGAAGAGUUAUGUGGACAGGCACAUGGAAUCCUUGAGUCAGUCCAAAAGCUUCCGUCGUCGGCACAACUCCUGGUCAUCUAGUAGCAGGCACCCAAACCAGGCAACCCCAAAGAAAAGUGGUUUAAAGAAUGGCCAGAUGAAGAAUAAAGAUGAUGAGUGCUUUGGAGAUGAUAUUGAGGAGAUCCCAGACACAGACUUUGACUUUGAGGGGAACCUGGCCCUUUUUGACAAGGCAGCUGUGUUUGAGGAGAUUGACACCUAUGAAAGGAGAAGUGGCACCCGUUCCCGGGGUGUCCCAAAUGAACGGCCUGCUAGGUACCGCCACGACGAAAACAUCCUGGAAUCAGAGCCUAUUGUCUACCGUAGGAUCACGGUACCGCACAGUGUGAACAAGGAAUUCUGCACAGACUCUGGUCUGGUGGUUCCAAGUGUUUCAUAUGAGCUACAUAAAAAGCUGUUAUCUGUGGCUGAGAAGCAUGGACUGACCUUAGAGCGGAGGCUUGAGAUGACAGGUGUGUGUGCCAGUCAGAUGGCACUGACUCUCCUCGGAGGACCCAACAGGUUGAAUCCUAAGAAUGUCCACCAGAGGCCUACAGUAGCCCUGUUGUGUGGGCCCCAUGUGAAGGGGGCUCAGGGUAUCAGUUGUGGGAGGCACCUAGCCAACCAUGAUGUGCAAGUCAUCCUCUUCCUGCCCAACUUUGUCAAGAUGCUGGAAUCUAUCACCAAUGAACUUUCUCUCUUCAGCAAGACCCAAGGUCAGCAAGUGUCUAGCCUAAAAGAUCUCCCUACUAGCCCUGUGGACCUGGUUAUCAACUGCCUGGAUUGUCCUGAGAAUGCCUUCCUGCGGGAUCAGCCCUGGUACAAGGCGGCUGUGGCCUGGGCCAACCAGAACCGGGCACCAGUGCUCAGUAUAGACCCUCCUGUGCAUGAAGUUGAACAAGGCAUCGAUGCCAAAUGGUCCCUGGCACUGGGCCUGCCUCUGCCACUGGGGGAGCACGCGGGCCGAGUCUAUUUGUGUGACAUUGGCAUUCCCCAGCAGGUCUUCCAGGAGGUCGGCAUCAACUACCACUCACCCUUUGGCUGCAAGUUUGUGAUUCCCCUGCACUCUGCCUAGAGAACACUGGGCAGCUGGGCCCUGUGUUCCCCUGCACUCUGCCUAGAGAGGCUCUGGGCAGCUGGGCCCUGUGUUCCCCUGCACUCCUGUCGCCAAACCCAACAACGGACGCCUUAAGGAUGUGAAGCUUUGUGGACCUUGUAGAUUAUCUUUUGGGUUUGUUUCUUCUGUGAGAGAACAAAACAUACUUAAAAUUUGCCUGCCACCUUCCCUUAAUCAGGGAAGGCUUUCCUACUGGCGUGCAUGUCAGGGCUAGACCAGUGGCUCCAGGCAUCUUUCUAUCCUACCAUGCCUCCAUUCAAGUGGGGCUUUGUUUACAGACACAGGCAGCUCUAAGACUGGUUCGGGUUCAUAGCCACUGGGCAUGGGCCAGGGCCUACUGGGGCCUCCACCCACCCUGUUUCAGAAGGCUUUGUCUUUUCCAUGCUUCCUCAGGCCCUGCAGCCAGCCAGUUCACCCUUACUCUAAUCAUGUAGAUCAGGCUGCACAGCAGCUUUCCAGAAGGCAGAUCUGUGCUCUCUUUAGAUCCUGAGAGUGCGUCUCUACUCUCCCCCAGUGCCACCCAUGUUUGUUUGGAAGCUUUGGGCCCUCCUGAGAUGUUCUGGUUUUUAUGUUGGAACUUUUCCUGGGGAGUGUAUUGGGAUGAUGACUGUGGUGAGAUUCUGGGCUGGCUGCUUUGCUGUCAUCUUUAACAGAGGUUUUGUGCCUGUCACGCUACAGGUCCCACCUCCUAGUUACGGGCCAGACUUCAUCGUGCAGCUUUUCGGUAUUGGGGAGACCCUGGGGGAGUUUGGUGCUGAGCCAGAGGUGGCUUCUUGGUGCUUCUGUCCUAGGCCAUCACUUCCUACCUCCUUGCCCAUAAAUAAUAUUCCUUGUUUCCCCUUUUGCCUGUCUCUGGAAAUGGUCCUCUGCAGUUACCCUAGGACAGGUUACAUGCCCCUCCUUAUGCCAUGGCGUCACUCCAGUUCUUAUGUCUGGGCUUUAACCCUUUAUAGUUGCCCUUCCCAGGUGUGCAGACUUGGGACUAGUGGCCUGUCUCAAACAUGCCAAAAAUGAACCCAGUUUGGAUGACCCUGUUGGUGGGCUAGGGUAUUAGGGUAUUAUCCUAAGGAUCUUCCUGGACUUGGGUCCUACAGACUAGUAGGAUAGGACCAUGCCUGGAGCCUUAGACUGGAGACUUUUACAAAGGAUUUGUACUUUGAAGCUCUCCCCCUGCAGGCUUCUUUCUGCUGUGCCCAUCACUGGUUGAGAGGUAUAGGUGGACAGGCAGAUGGGCUCGUUAAGAAGUUUGGGUCCAGGGUAGAAACCCUGGUACCGUAGAUUUCAGGCUAUCUCUUUUCUUAUAGGAACAUGACCCCAACAGAUGAGGAUAGCCUUUCCUUUUUUUCCAUCUUCUCUCUCCAGCUGCAGGAAAGAGACCAGAGGACUGCACGCUUCAAGACUAACUUUCAAGCUGGGCCUCUUCUCUGAACACAGGGUUACAGUUGGAACAGUAGGCAGCCACUACAGGUUACUAGACACAGGCUACUAUAAAAUGAGGUAGAACUCUAGUCCUGAAGAUGGCUAGCAUCAGGAAGUUCUGGUGACCCUAGAGGUGAUACUUUGAGAAGCCUCUCCCUCUUCUCCCUGCCCUUGGCCUAACUCCCCCCCCCACCCCCACCCCGCUUGAGUUAUUGAAACUGUGUUACUCCUACCUGCAGCUCUUUUUGGAAGUUCUGCCUAAUGGCUGGUUUCAGUCAGGUAGUCAGAUCUAACAGUAACUCAUGCAGGUCUUGGGAAACCCAAAGCCAGCACUACAAUAAAGUGAGAGUUUUGCGCUAUCUGAA